AUGGUGUUCUGUGGACUCUUGUCUCCUCUCAUGAAUUGCAUCAAACCAAACAAUUCCCCGGUCUUGGCCCAUAUGGGGUCAAAAUACUCAUCAGAGCUCAAAUACUACACAUCCGCUUGUCAACAAGACUCUGACCUCAAGACCUUUGAUUCUUCCCUUCACCAGCGAACAACGAGUGUCUUGAAGUCGCUCGCUGAACAGGGGGCCAAGUCUGGUCAAUCUAUAUCCCAAGGCUCACUCAUGAAGGUGUACGAGUUUCUGCUUGACCUAAACGGAGAUGUAGUAAAGGAGAUCAUCGAUAGCAAAGAAGAUAUCAAGAAAAACAAAGACCUGAGUUGUUUGGUUGGUGUCUACUUCAAAAGUACUUCCAAGACGUUAGAGUUCUGCAAAACCGUCGAUAACUGUGUCAAGAGAGCAGAGAUUAGCCAGCUUAUCAUCCGAUACGCGGUGAAGCAGUUCGAAGCAGAAUCGGGUGAUGUUGGAGAGAACACAAAGAAGAAGUACGCAAAAACAUUGGAGGAGCUGAAUAAGUUCAAAGCCAUGGGAGAUCCUUUUGAUGGAGAGUUCUUGACUCAGUACGAGUCGUCGUUCUACGAGGAGCAGGAUCUGCUUCUUGAGGAAUUGAGUAAGCUGAGAGCAAAGCUCGAUAAGAAACAGAGGAAUUUGAAGACAUGGAAGAGACUUUCCUAUGUGGUUUACAUAACUGCGCUUGUCUCAGUUCUUCUCUUAUCGAUGGUUAAAGCGCCAUUGGUCGUACCGCUACUGUUGGUUACGUUUGCCGAUAACUUUACACCAGUGAUUGAGCUUGUCGGAAAAUGGCUUAGCAAGAUGUGGAAAAAGCACGAAAAGGCUGUCCAGAGACAGAGAGAAUUGGUUUCAACGGCGGAGACUGGAGCGGGAGUUAACUUAAUAGCUACAGAAAACAUACGCAAUGAAAUAGCUACGGUGAACAUACGUUCCGAUGUUGAUAGUCUGAGAAUAAAGUUGAAAUUUUGUCGACGAGGUGAUGAGUUGGCAACGAGACUUGCGUUGCAAGAAAUCGCGAAGAAAGUUGAAGGGCUUACGGAUAAAAUCAAGGAAGUUGGUCAGCAUGCGGAGAGGUUUAGCGGAUUCAUUGGCUUGGGGAGAAGUCUCGUUCUGCGACAGAUCCUCAGCUUACCCGCCAGCUCCAUCUCCUAGAAAGCCAAUGUUUUG